AUUUGUGUAAAUACAGGUUACCUUUGUGCACUUAUCGUCGGAUUUAUAAUCCUUGUGAAUCGUUAUAAAUAUGACAUCUUCAAACAAACCUUUUGGGAGAGCUGUGAAGGGUGCCCUUUUCAUAUUUUUUGUACUUCACCAAUUGAUUCCGGAAUAUUUCAAUAUAUUUAGAUAUGUGCAUUAGGCAUGUUAGAUUACUAGUAUAUGUUUUUUAACAUAUCGAGAGAGGAUGACAAAAAUUAAAGUGUUUGUGACUAGGAGAAUACCCCAACCUGGACUUAAUAUACUACAACAGGAUUGUGAUGUACAGUUCUGGGACAGCGAUGAAGCCAUUCCACAAGAAGAACUUCUCAAGAGAGUACAUGGAGUUGGAGCUUUGUUGUGCAUGCUGACUGAUAAAAUUGAUGAAGAAGUUCUAGCAAAAGCAGGUGAAAACCUGCGUAUUGUAUCCACAAUGUCAGUAGGAUAUGAGCACAUAGAUCUUGAAGCUUGUAAAAGGAGAGGGAUAGCUGUUACAAACACUCCAAAUGUGUCAACUGAUAGUGUGUCAGAACUAACGGUGUCUCUUCUACUGCUGGUGGCCAGAAGACUAUAUGAAGGAAUACGUGCAGUACACGGAGGAGAAUGGGGUAAAUGGAAGCCUAUGUGGCUGUGUGGAGUAGAAUUAACAAACAAAACAGUCGGAAUCCUCGGACUUGGUCGUAUAGGAUACGGGGUGGCCAAACGACUAAAACCUUUCGGAAUUGAUAGAAUUAUUUACCAUGAUGUCUGCAGAGUCAGUUAUGCUGAUGAUAUUGGCGCUACAUAUGUAGAUUUUGCCAUGUUGUUGAGCGAUUCUGAUAUCAUAUGUAUAUGUUGUAAUUUAACUCCACAAACAAAGCACAAGUUUAAUACGAAGGCUUUCGAAAAGAUGAAGAAUAGCGCAGUGUUGAUUAAUUCCGGGAGAGGGGGAGUAAUCCAACAUGAUGACCUAUAUGAAGCAUUACGUACAAACACUAUUGCUGCUGCCGGAUUGGAUGUCACUGAACCGGAACCACUUCCUAAAGAUCAUCCGUUAUUGACAUUAAACAACUGUAUUGUUCUCCCUCAUAUGGGUAGUAAUACAUGGGAAUCAAGAAACAGUAUGUCGGAAAUUGCUGCGACUAAUAUUAUUUCUGUUUUAAAUGGUACGAAUGCAGUAGGUGAAGUUAUUCCUCCGCGUAGUAAUGGUCUAUGAUUAAAAAAUAGAAUGACAGCAACACGAGAUCGCUUUGUUAUAUAUUUUUUUUAUCGUUAAUUGUUCCCGAUUAUCGAUAUAUUUGUAAACGAAACAGUAAAGCAUAAUAUAUGGUUGAUGUUGUAAUUUGAUUUCUUCGUUUUUGUUGAAAAUAGUCUAUGUUGGUCAAGUUGAAGGUUAACAUCAUUAAAGUUAAGUUGUU